GAGAAGCGCAGAGAUGGUAAAUUCAACGGGAGAACAGAUUCAAAUAAUAAAUUUCAUUAAAAAAAAAUACGGUCUAUAUAAAGGUAUUAAUUUUGGCGGGCCAUGCUCCGUUGCUACCCAUUGGCUACGCCGCUGACAAUCUAUCAUCGCUUCGAGGAAGUUGUUCCUUACUUAGUUGAUAAAAUAAAAAAAAAAGACUUCAGCAUUGACUCCGUGCAUAUCCGUCUUGAAUUGCAAGUUCGCAACCUGAUCGAUUCUGACUGGUCUAGUACGUCUUUCAUCUCAAAAUGAGAAACGGCUCGCUUACAAGGUUGCUUUUGCCUAAGAUAAGCAGAACCUUUCAUGGCAUUGCCAAAAGAAGGGAUCCACAACACUUAAAUCCAGGGGAACCCAUUGGAGUUUCUAAGUGGAAAGCUGCGUUGGAGGAGGAGUUGGAGGUUAAAUUUCCCAAAGACAGACAAAAUGCCUGCAUAUACAGGGUCCCUGUAAACAUACGUGAGGUGCAACCCAACGCCUAUACUCCCAAUAUCAUCUCAAUCGGUCCUUACCAUCAUGGAGAGGAAAGAUUAAAAGAAAUGGAAGAGCUGAAAUGGGAAUUCUUUCAUCGCCUGUUUCGUCUAGAACCGCCUAAUGGGAUCGAAUUAGACCCAGUGAUGAAAGCCAUGGAAGAUUUGGAGCAGGAUGCUCGUAGGUGCUACUGGGAUAAAGCUGAAAAACAUAGCAAGGAUAAAUUUGUUAGGAUGAUGCUCUUUGAUGGCUGCUUCAUUGUCGAGCUCUUCAGAGAGUUAAAGCGGAACAACUUUCACCAUGCCCGAUCUGUUAAAAGGUGGAUGCUGCCAACUCUUCGCCGAGAUUUGAUCAUGCUUGAAAACCAGCUACCUCUAUUUGUUUUACAGAAAUUGUUCGAGUUGACCAGAAGAUCAGACGAGUCAACCACAUCUUUGGAAGACCUUGCCCUCUGCUUUUUCCAUCCUCUACUGCAGAAGGAGUCAAACUUUGACGUGCGGAGCGUAAAUGCUCAAGGAUUUGAGAAAAGGCAGCACUUUAUCGACCUUUUUAGGCUCAGCAUCCUCCCAAGAUACUUACCAGGAGCGGAGGAAACUGGCAAGACAAGUGAAUAUUGCAGUAAAGCAGCAAAACAUACAACAGAAGAAGGAAUAAAAACUAGCAAGACAAGAAAUUCAAGCAACGGAGCAAAGAACAUAGCAAGAGAGGGAAUUACUGGAGAGGGAACUGACAUGAUGCGGUCCAUGACGGAGCUGAUGGAAGCUGGUGUCGUCAUAGAGAAAGCCAUUAAUUGUCCUCCAUUGGAUGUACGCUCUGAAGAAAGGUGGCUGAAAAUCCCUCCUCUCUACAUCGAUGAUUACAAAGGAACCCUGUUUCGAAACAUGGUUGCCUAUGAACAAUGCCAUCCAGAGUGCAAACCAUAUGUCACAUCGUAUUUGUUCUUCUUUGAUGGGCUAAUUAACUCAGCUCCUGAUGUGGAACUUCUUCGCCACAAAGGAGUUCUCCACCAUUCUUUAGGUAACAACAAAGAAGUGGCAAAACUUGUGAAUGGCCUCUGCAAGGAAAUAGCAAGUGAUGGUAGGGAUUCCUAUUUACAAAAAGUGGUAUCCGAUGUUAAUUCUUAUUAUGAUUCCUCUUAUGCUAGGAUUAGAGCACGGUUGGUGCACUAUUACUUUAGAAGCUGGGUGGUUGGCAUCUCCACUUUUGGGGCUUUGUUAGUCCUUUAUCUCACCCUAAUUCAGACCGGCUUUGGAUUUAUAGGCGACCACAAGAACCUUGAAAAACCCUUUCAUCAUUACCUUAUGCAUUGCCUGAUUCUGCCUGUCUACCAUCUAUUUACGUUCAAGAAAGAGGACACGGAUUCUAAGCCUGAGUCACAGGAUGCUUCUAAGAUAAGACAUUGGAUGUUUUCAGUUUGAUGUACUUCUUUUUUAGCUUUUUCUUCGCCAAGUUUUAUGUCAGAUACAAAGCCCAGGCCUCAGAACUAGAUACUAACUAUUAGACAUUAGUCAACCACAGCUUUGAUAUGGUGUAAUAAGGAGGCUUUGGGUCUGCAUCUUUUCUUAAUUUUUUUUUCAUUAACAAUGAAUGAUAAGGGGGCUUUAAUUUGAU